UAUUUUUGCUGUCUGCUAGUGGGAACAGGAGGCGUGUAAUGCGAUAUCACUUGACAUCGUUUGCUGUACUUAAAUCUGUGCUGAGGUCGACGUCGAAUUUGCUGCGCCGUCUAGAUACCCGUGUUUCUCUGCCCUGUAUAACGAUUUGUCGCUCUAAUUUACACUGGUCAAGACUGGUAAGAAUGUCAGUAAGCGAAUAUGGUAGCUGGAAAUCACCUAUUUCUAGUCAGCUUGUGACUACUAGUGGAGUGGGUCUUUUGGAAGUGCACGUUGAUGACAACCCUGAAAAAACAGACUAUGUGUACUGGAGUGAGAUCCACUAUGAGGAAAAAGGACGGUAUGUGAUAUGCUCAGCAAACAGAGAGACAGGAGAACAGAAACAGUGGACUCCAAUAAACUUCAGUGCACGAACAACUGUCCAUGAGUACGGUGGUGGAGACUUCUUUGUCUAUGAUGGAGCUGUUUUCUUUUCAAACUUCAAUGACCAAGUUCUCUACAAGCAAACCUCUGAUUCUUCCACCCCAGAACCAGUGACAGAUACCACAAGGAAGUGGCGCUAUGCUGAUGGCAUCUUCUGUUCUAAGAAAGAGCUAAUAUACUGUGUGCGAGAAGACCAUGAGGCAGAAGAAAAGGAGCCUGUUAACAGUAUUGUUGCCAUCAACCCAGUCACUAAAACACAAACUGUGCUGGCAAGUGGAGCUGACUUCUACAGUCAUCCACGUGUGUCACCUGAUGGCAGAAAUAUUUGCUGGUGUCAGUGGUAUCAUCCAAACAUGCCAUGGGACAGUACUGAAGUGUGGACAGCUAAACUGGACCCUUCAGGAGAUCACCUUGUGGAAGGGUCACAGAAACAAGCUGCUGGUGGUGAGGGCAUCAGUGUCAUAGAACCAGGAUGGACACCUGACAACCAGCUUCUCUAUGUGAGUGAUGAAAGUGAGUGGUGGAACCUUUACUUGGUCAGCCCCUCAGGGCAGCAUGUCAACAUUCGGCCUGAUCACUCAGAGAUGGCUGGUCCACAGUGGACUUUUGGGAAGACAGCUUAUGUUCCUGAUCCCAGUGGUUCCAGAAAGAUCCUUACUGCUCAGAACGGUGAACUAGGUUGGCUAGACUCAGAGACAAAGGCCUAUAGAGUUCUUGAGACAGGAUUCAGGUACAAUAAGUGUCUUGCUCUUACCAAAACUGGAGAUGCAUAUUGCAUUGGCUCAAGUGAAGAUCUAUUUCCAUGCCUUCUCAGAUAUGACAUCAAUUCAGAAAAGGUUCAUAUUGUCAAAGAGUCGCAAUCAGUGCCAGAAGCACAAGGCUAUGUGAGCAUGCCUGAGUUUGUCAGCUGGCCUACAGGAGAUAAAGAAACGUCACAUGGCAUUUUCUAUCCACCUUACAACAAAGAUUUCAAGGCUCCAGAAGGUACAAAGCCACCUUUACUUGUCCGUGCUCAUGGUGGACCCACAUCACAUUUUUUUGCCAACUUGGACUUAAAGCUUCAGUACUUCACAAGUCGUGGCUUUGCGGUGAUUCUGGUGAAUUAUCGUGGCAGCACUGGCUAUGGAAGAAGUUAUCGCCAUCGCCUGCGUGAAAUGUGGGGAGUAUAUGAUGUUGAGGACUGCUGUACAGCUGUGGAUUACCUGGUCCAAACUAACAGGGUUGACUCCCAAAAAAUCUGCAUUGAUGGGGGAUCUGCUGGGGGGUAUACAACACUUGCAUGCUUAACCUUUCGGAACACUUUUAAUGCUGGUGCAAGUCAUUUUGGCAUUGGGGACCUUCAUGCACUGAUGAAGGACACUCACAAGUUUGAAAGUCGGUAUAUUGGUCGUCUUUGUCCACCUGAAAAAUUCCAAGAGCGAUCACCAAUUCAUCACGUGAAUCAAAUCAACUGCCCCAUUGCUCUUUUCCAGGGAGACCAAGACAAGAUUGUGCCACCUAACCAAGCAGAGAUGAUGUACCAGGCAGUGAAACUCAAAGGACUGCCCACAAUGUACAUCUUGUUUGAAGGUGAACAGCAUGGCUUCCGAAAAGCAGAAAACAUCCAGGCAUCCCUUGAUGGAGAGUUUUAUUUCUUUGGAAAAGUUCUGGGCUUCAAACCUGCAGACAAGGGGAUUGAGUACAAAAUAGACAACCUGAAAACAGAGCAAAGUAACAUCCUAUGACACAUGCCCUGCCAGCUUGUGACCACAACUUGUUGAAUUAUACAUUUGCUCAUCUUUAUGAGGUGAUGUUCAGUAAUUAAAAAAAAAGCAGUCACUCAUGCAGAGCAGUUGUCAGUUUAUAUGCUAGAAAAGCAGUCAUGUUUUUUUAAAAAGUGCCCCAUAUGCAGCAAAAGAACAGUGUUCCAGAGACAUCUGAUCCUUGAUGAAAAGCUGUUAACUAUUGUAUCACAUUAUACAGGUCAGCAGCACAAUUGUUAUUAAAAAAUUUUUGUUAGUA